UCCUCGUCGUUCUUUCGUUCUUUUUACUCUUUUCUCACUGUCUCCCUCUUCCCGUCUCUCUUUUUUUUUUACUAGGGUUUUGAAGAGAAAAAGGUCGAGAUUAGCAGAGAGGGAGAGAGAUAGAGAGAAAGAAAGGAGAGAUACUUGAAAUCUGAUUGAACUGAUUUGAUUUGGGGAGAGAUGUGUUAGAGUGGGGUUUAGGUAGGGGAAAUGGGGCUCUGCACUUCGAAACCCUCCCCAAGACCUGAUCUUUACGCCAGCAGAGAAGAGAAACGAGUGCCAGAAAACCCUAAGCCUUCUGAGGUUUCUGUUAAUGGGGGAAAUGAGAAUCAUAAUCAGCAACAACAGCAUCACCACCAACAGCAACGGCAGCAGCAGAAAGCUGAGGCAGAAGUAGGAAAAAAAUCUCCUUUUUUCCCUUUUUACAGCCCAAGCCCUGCUCAUUAUUUGUUCUCUAAGAAAUCUCCGGCACCAAGCUCUAACUCUACGCCGAGGAGGUUCUUUAAGAAGCCUUUUCCACCACCAUCUCCCGCCAAGCAUAUCCGGGCUGUCUUGGCACGGAGGCACGGAUCGGUGAAGCCGAAUGAAGCCGCUAUACCUGAAGGAAACGAGUCAGAGAGCAUUGCUGGCCUUGAUAAGAGCUUUGGAUUUUCGAAACAUUUUGCCAGUAAGUAUGAGCUUGGAGAUGAGGUUGGACGUGGUCAUUUCGGGUACACGUGUGCGGCCAGGUUUAAGAAAGGAGAGCUUAAGGGCCAACAGGUUGCUGUCAAAGUUAUCCCGAAAGCCAAGAUGACUACAGCUAUUGCCAUUGAGGAUGUUAGAAGGGAGGUGAAAAUUUUGAGAGCUUUGACAGGACAUAACAAUCUAGUGCAGUUCUAUGAUGCAUAUGAAGAUCAUGAUAAUGUCUAUAUAGUAAUGGAGUUAUGUGAAGGAGGAGAGCUUUUAGAUAGAAUACUUUCUAGGGGUGGAAAGUACUCAGAAGAUGAUGCAAAAGCUGUCAUGGUGCAGAUAUUAAAUGUUGUUGCAUUUUGUCAUCUCCAGGGUGUUGUACACCGUGACCUUAAACCAGAGAAUUUUCUUUUCAGUUCCAAGGAUGAAAACUCGCAAUUGAAAGCCAUAGACUUUGGCUUAUCGGAUUUUGUUAAGCCAGAUGAAAGGCUAAAUGACAUUGUAGGAAGUGCAUAUUAUGUAGCCCCUGAAGUUCUUCAUAGAUCUUACAGCACUGAGGCUGAUGUCUGGAGUAUCGGUGUGAUAGCUUAUAUUCUUUUGUGUGGGAGUCGCCCAUUUUGGGCUAGAACUGAAUCUGGAAUCUUUCGAGCAGUUCUGAAAGCUGAUCCAAGUUUUGAUGAACCUCCUUGGCCUACUCUAUCCCCGGAAGCAAAAGACUUUGUCAAGCGUCUAUUGAAUAAGGACCCACGCAAAAGAAUGAGUGCUGCUCAGGCUCUAAGCCAUCCUUGGAUUAGAAAUUAUAAUGACGUAAAAGUACCUCUGGACAUUCUAAUGUUCAGACUCAUGAAGGCAUAUAUGCGCUCAUCAUCUCUGCGUAAAGCUGCUCUGAGGGCACUGUCAAAAACAUUGACUGUGGAUGAGCUCUUCUAUCUAAAAGAACAGUUUGCACUAUUAGAACCAAACAAGGACAACAGUAUUAACUUAGAGAACAUUAAGGCGGCCUUGAUGAAAAAUGCAACAGAUGCAAUGAAGGAGUCCCGUGCCCAUGAUUUUCUUGGAUCGCUACUUGCACUUCAAUACAGAAGGAUGGAUUUUGAAGAGUUCUGUGCAGCAGCAUUAAGUGUUCAUCAGCUCGAGGCACUCGAUCGGUGGGAGCAACAUGCUCGCUGUGCCUAUGAACUUUUUGAGAAGGAUGGGAACAGAGCAAUUGUGAUCGAGGAACUUGCUUCAGAACUUGGGCUAAGCCCCUCUGUCCCAGUCCAUGCUGUUCUUCAUGAUUGGAUAAGGCAUACUGAUGGAAAGCUGAGUUUCCUUGGGUUUGUUAAAUUGUUGCAUGGUGUGUCCAGCCGAACAUUCGCAAAGACUCAGUAAAUGAAUAAAGGAAGAAGAAAGAAGGUUGGACAUGUCUGUGAACAUCGUUUGUUGUGCUGGACCAAACAUGUCACACUCUCACAUGGCAAGUAUGACAGAAGCUUGUUCUCACCAGAAUUGUUGGUGGAAAACGAGGGAGGUGGAGCUGUCCGAAAUAUGCAGUUGGAAUUCUUGCUUGGGCUCUGAGCCACGUGUUGCUCGCUGUAAAGUUUUAGUAGUUAAAAUGUGAUUUGGGUGAGAAUAUUUUUUAACUGGUUAUUUGAUAGUAAAUGCUCCGUCUGAUCGGAUUGUGCCUUGAGUCUUGACAUGACUACGGUCGCAUUGUAUUGUUAACUGUGUUCUAUAGCCCCCACUUAACAUAACAACCUGCUGUCAGUUGUUCCGUUGCUUUCAAAGUGGAAAUGUGGAAUGAAAAAUCCCUUUUAUUAUUA